AUGAAUGCUAAAAUUAGAACAAUGCAAUGCAUGCAUUUGGAAAAAAUGCAUAUCACUAAACUUUAUUUCGUUUUCAUUCAAGAACAAUCAAAAAAACGAAACAAUUUGCGAAAAAAAAUUUUAAUAGGAGAUGUUGAAAGCAAACUUGGAAAAGAUGCUGAGAAUAUCCUUGUUCCAGACAUGAAACUCAAUCACUUGGACUUUGUAUACGCAACAGAUGCUGAUGCUUUAGUUUACAACCAUACCAUCGACAUCAUUGGAAAGAAAAUAAGAAAUGUGGUGUCGGAUUUUGAUCAUCAGCAUUUUUUGACGUGA